AGAGAAAGAGACCCAGGUGAGAAAAAGAAUGAUUCAUUUUCAGAAUCAGAAAACCACUUAUAGAAUGGACCACACAGAAAAAAAUUGCAGUUUAGAGUAGUAGUGAAGUGAGUAAUAUAGAAAAAAAUAAAUAACAAAAAAAAAACAAUGUUUUUUGUGUUUGGUUCAGUUUUUUGUUGGUUCAUCACUCACUGGUCAACAAAGGUUGCUUUUUUCCACCAUCCUUGGAACAUGGUGUUGCUAUUUUCAGCUUCUCAUCUCAGCAAUGAGAACUGAGGAAGGGGAGAUACUGUUGGUGUGAAAUGCAUUAGUGUUAGUGCCAUAAACAGAAAAGAGAAAUGAGAGUUGCAAGAGAGAGGGUGAGAAAAAGAAGGGCUAGUACUACUGGUGUAUAGAGUAAUAGACUAAUGUAUUAUUUAACUAAUUGAUAAUUAUUUUUGUGUUUUUUUUUAUUAUUGUGAAGCUCAUGGGAGACAAGACAGUAUCAAGGGAAAUCCUAAAAAUUCGAUUUUUUUUUCUUAUCUGUUAAAUAAAAAAGUGACAACAGAGAAAAGUAGCAUAAAAAAGUAUAUAAAAUAAUAAGCAGCAGUGUGUAGUGUAGAGUGAGUGACACAGAUUUGGACCAAACAAAACUUGGUUCCUCUGGUUCAUUGUGCAUCCACCCUUUCUUUCCUGUUACAGAUAUGAAGGGGGAAGAAGGUGAGCAAGGGAACUUAGCAGCCCAGGGAAACUAGGGAGAGUGUGAAUUUGCUUGCUGAUGGGUCUUAGCUUGAAGAUGCAGAACCACCAUCCUGUGGCUUUGAGGUUGCAUGAUCAAAUGGGGUCUAAGAGAAAGUACACUUUCAUUCAAGCUCAUAGAGCUUGGCUUCCAAAGUUUCUGCUGCUGUGGAUCCUGCUAAUGGCUUUGAUCAGUUGGUGCAUCUAUAGCAAAAUGGAUGAUGACACUAAAGUCAGAAGGAAAGAGGUUUUGGGUAGCCUCUGUGAUCAAAGGGCAAGAAUGUUGCAAGACCAGUUUAGUGUUAGUGUUAACCAUGUCCAUGCCCUUGCCAUCCUUGUUUCAACCUUCCAUUACUACAGUUACCCUUCUGCCAUUGACCAGGAAACCUUUGCUGAGUAUACAGCCAGGACGGCCUUUGAAAGGCCAUUGCUGAGUGGUGUGGCCUAUGCACAAAGAGUUGUUAACUCUGAGAGGGAGAGAUUUGAGAAAGAACAUGGAUGGGUCAUAAAGACAAUGGAAAGAAAGUCUUCACUGGUUAGAGAUGAGUAUGCGCCGGUGAUCUUCGCGCAACAAACUGUCUCAUAUCUUGAGUCUAUUGAUAUGAUGUCUGGGGAGGAGGAUCGAGAAAACAUUUUAAGGGCUAGAGCCACUGGGAAAGCGGUUCUGACUAGCCCUUUCAGGCUGUUGGGUUCUCACCAUCUUGGUGUGGUUUUAACAUUCCCCGUGUACAAAUCUAAGCUCCCCCAGAAGCCAACAGUGGAAGAACGCAUUGAAGCAACUGCAGGAUAUGUUGGAGGAUCCUUUGAUGUUGAGUCCCUUGUAAAGAAUUUACUUGGGCAACUUGAUGGUAACCAAGCAAUUUUGGUGAAUGUAUAUGAUGUUACAAACUAUACUAAUCCCCUAAUCAUGUAUGGCAACCAAUAUCAAGAAGGCGAUAUGUCUCUUGCCCAUGAAAGCAAGCUUGAUUUUGGAGAUCCAUACAGGAAACAUCAGAUGAUAUGUAGGUACCAUCAGAAGGCACCGACAAAUUGGAUAGCUCUUACCACGGCAUUCCUAUUCUUUGUGAUACUUUUUUUAGUGGGUUACAUUUUAUACAGUGCUGGAAAUCAUAUUGUUAAAGUCGAAGAUGAUUUCCAUGAAAUGCAGGAAUUGAAAGUCCGAGCAGAAGCAGCUGAUGUUGCCAAGUCCCAGUUUCUAGCUACGGUCUCUCAUGAAAUUAGAACACCCAUGAAUGGUAUUUUAGGAAUGCUUGCUCUGCUUCUGGAUACCGAAUUGAGUUCAACCCAACGAGAUUAUGCUCAGACUGCUCAAGCAUGCGGCAAGGCACUGAUAACAUUAAUAAAUGAGGUGCUGGACCGUGCUAAAAUUGAAGCUGGCAAGUUAGAGCUGGAGGCUGUUCCAUUUGAUCUUCGGUCCAUAAUUGAUGAUGUCCUUUCUCUUUUUUCUGAGAAAUCUAGACACAAAGGUUUAGAGCUGGCUGUGUUUGUUUCUGACAAAGUUCCAGAUAUUGUCAUGGGAGAUCCUGGGAGAUUCAGACAAAUAAUAACAAAUCUUGUUGGCAACUCUGUUAAAUUUACUGAACAAGGGCAUAUAUUUGUUAAAGUCCAUCUAGCGGACAACCGAAAGUCCAUGAUGAAUGGAAAACACGAGACUUUUCUAAAUGGAGAAUCAGAUGAAGUUUUCUAUAUAUCUGGUGAUUAUCAUUUCAAAACCUUAAGUGGAUGUGAAGCAGCUGAUGAACGGAACAGUUGGGAUAAUUUUAAGCAUCUAAUAGCUGACAAAGAAUAUGGCCUUGAUUCUUCUAGAGAAACAAUGGCUGCUUGUGAAUCUUCCGAGCAAGUCACAUUGAGGGUAUGCGUGGAGGACACUGGAAUUGGAAUUCCUUUCUCAGCUCAGGAUAGGAUAUUCAUGCCAUUUGUGCAGGCUGACAGCUCGACCUCACGAAAUUAUGGGGGUACUGGAAUUGGCUUGAGUAUCAGUAAAUGUCUGGUUGAGCUAAUGGGUGGUCAGAUAAACUUCAUAAGUCGACCCCAGGUUGGGAGCACCUUUUCUUUUACUGCAGUUUGUGGAGCAUUUAAGAAAAGUUCAGUUACUGACAAGAAGGAAAAUUUGGAAGAUCUGCCUUCAAAUUUUAGAGGGAUGAAAGUCAUUGUGGUUGAUGGGAAGCCUGUUAGAGCUUCCGUGACUAGAUACCAUUUGAAGAGACUAGGGAUACUAGUUAAAGUUGCAAAUAGCAUCAGUAAGGCUGUUGCUUUAUGUGGUAAAACUGGUUCUUUGACAUCAGGAAUGUUCCAGCCCGAUAUUAUCAUGGUUGAGAAGGACACAUGGAUAUCUGGAGAGGAUGGCAUUUUCAAUAUAUGGAAACAGAAUGGUCGUAUGUUUAAGAUGCCUAAAAUGAUCCUUCUGGCAACCAAUAUUAUUAGUGCCGAAUUUGAUAAAGCUAAGGCCACAGGUUUUACUGAUACUGUGAUCAUGAAGCCUCUGAGAGCUAGUAUGGUGGCUGCUUGUCUUCAGCAAGUUUUGGGGAUGGGGAAGAGGAGGCAGCUAGGGAAAGACAUGCCUAAUGGUUUUCUACAUAGCCUUCUCUAUGGAAAGAAAAUUUUGGUGGUCGAUGACAAUGGGGUAAACCGGAGAGUUGCAGCAGGUGCACUAAAAAAGUUUGGUGCUGAUGUGAAGUGUGCUGAAAGUGGCAAAGCCGCGCUUGAAAUGCUUCAAUUGCCUCACAAUUUUGAUGCUUGCUUCAUGGACAUUCAAAUGCCAGAAAUGGACGGGAGAAGAAAAGGUGCUAGUUCAUGUGAGGAAAAUUGGGAUAUGCUUGCAUGGACUUGGGGAAACCAUCUAAAUAGAGGCUACACAUUUUGCAGAUUUGAAGCAACCAGCCGAAUUCGGAUGAUGGAGAGCAAGGCAAAUGAGGAGAUGAAUAAUGGGAAUGAGUGGCAUGUGCCUAUACUGGCCAUGACAGCUGAUGUGAUCCAUGCUACAUACGACAAGUGCAUGAAAUGUGGCAUGGAUGGAUAUGUCUCAAAGCCAUUUGAGGAAGAGAAUCUGUAUCAGGAAGUUGCAAAGUUUUUCAAAUCAAAAACCAUGUCAGAUUCAUGACAAAUGUGCUUCCUUACUUGGCAACCAACUAGAUGAUUGGAUUUGGAGACAACACAUUUUAGUUUGAUCACUGCUAGCACUUUCAUGUCACAUGUAACUUGUUACUUUUGCUUUCUUGCAUAGAGUAACACUUGUUUUUGCAACAUAUUUGAGUUGAGUUCGUUGAGGGAUCAUUACUAUUACUAAUCGGCUGCAGUUUGGCAUUAUUAGAGUAAAAUGUAUACCACGCCACACCCCCCAAUUGUGUACAGAUUCUGGGUAAGGGAUGAGUGAAAUUAUGUAAAUUCAAUGUUUUUCCCCAUCUCGUUACUUCCCCAUCAGAGAAGGUUUUUAAUUUUUAUAGCAAUAGCUUUUUAUGUAAAGGGAUCUUGUAUUGUAAUAGAUUUGGUCACUAUGUUAAAAAAUGCAUGUUUAUGUGUAGUGUAGGA